AUGUACUUCAAAUCACACUACUCUGCUGCCACAAGUGGAGUCCAUAAAAACUUCAGAGAAGGUUUACUAUUCAGAGAUCUGCAUCGGGGAAUCGGUAAAAUCAUAUCAACCAUGAAACUUCGAUAUGCCAUGGUUUGUUCGUCGAAUCAGAACCGUAGCAUGGAGGCUCAUUCCCUCCUCAAACGAGAGGGCUUCGAUGUGUCAUCGUAUGGAACUGGGCAACACGUUAAGCUUCCUGGUCCUUCCCUCAGAGAACCCAACGUCUACGACUUCGGUACUCCUUACAAGCAUAUGUUCGAUGACCUCAGGCGCAAAGAUCCUGAGUUAUACAAGCGUAAUGGGAUAUUGCCAAUGCUUAAAAGGAAUAUUUCUGUCAAAUCAGCACCUCAGAGGUGGCAAGAGAAUGCAGCUGAUGGUUCUUUUGAUGUGGUGUUUACAUUUGAAGAAAAAGUGUUUGAUAUGGUUCUUGAAGGUUGGUUUUUCGGAAUUUCAAUUUAUUUGCUUGGUGGGGAUAAUUGA